AUGAAUAUAUGGGACUCCAUUCGGAGAGAUUCCCAGGACCGGGUCAGGGACCUAAUCAAGCACGGAUAUGAUUUGACCACGGUGGAUAAAGCAGGGGACACGCCACUCACGUUGGCUUCGCGAUCAGGAACGGAAGACAUGGUCAGGCUUCUUCUCGAGGCGGGAGUUGACCCGGACUUUGGCCCUUGCUUCCCGCUCAGCGCUGCCUGUGCCAAUGGCAGGCUAUCGUCGGUCAAAGUGCUGCUUGAGGCAGGGGCCAAUGUCAAUCGGGGUCAUCCCUUGACCGGUACCCCGCUGAUAAACGCGGCGGUUAAGAAGUAUGCGGAUAUCGUCAUGUUUCUUCUGCGGAACGGCGCUGAUGUCAACGCGACAAAUUCAGCUUGGAUGACUGCUUUACAUUGGGCUGCAUUACUGGGCCUAGUCAAUAUGGCCCAGUGCUUGGUGCGACACGGGGCCGAUUUGAUACCUAGCGAGUAUUUUCAAUAUCCGGAUCGUUUUACUCCUCUCGCCCAUGCGGCGCACCAUGAUCACCUCGAGAUGGUCAAGUAUCUCAUCGGGAAGAUGGAGGAGCAGGGCGUCGCCGGGAGUGACAGAGGCCUGGCUCUCUGCGCCGCAGCUGGGAGCGGACAUGUGGAAAUUAUAAAUCUGCUGCUUGAACAUGGGUGGCAUAAUAUGGAACUGCCCAAGGGAUCGUCGCCAUUGUUGUACGCGAUAGCCCACGCCCAACCAACCAUCGCCGAGCUUUUCCUCUCCAGAGGUGCUGACGUACAGGCAACAUUUGGCAGAGAAAAGAAGACGGCAUUGCAUUUUGCUGCUUUGUGGGGCCAAGUUAGGCUUCUCAGAAAUCUAAUCCGCCGGGGAGCUAACUUCGAGGCCAGAACCAAGACCGAAGGGGAAACGCCUCUCCAUGUAGCGUCGAAAAACCGGUACCCUUCGUACGGUUUGAAGUUAGUGAGAGCUCUAUUGAACGCGGGUGCAGACAUAGCCAGUCGUAGAAAUGAUGGUCGAAACAUCCUCCAUCUAGCAGCUUCGGUCGGUAAUGUGCCGCUUCUCGGGAGAGCACUGAGGCACGGCAUAGAUCCUGAUAGUAAGACGGUCCGCGGGUUGACGCCGCUGGCUAUUGCUGCAGAAUAUGGUCAGCUCGGUUCCAUUAGUAUACUUCUCAGGUGGGGUGCCAGCAUCGACGCCAGAUGCAAUGAGAAUUGCACUCCGCUUCAUGUAGCAGUUGUUCAGGGGCAGUGGCCAGCGGUUGGCCUCCUCGUCGAGAAUGGGUCUAGCUUGGAUCUUUUGAAUUCCCGAGGAUAUAGUCCUCUCCAAGAGGCAAGAGAACAUGGUCAUAAAGCUGCAGAGACGAUUCUUCUACAGGCUGGGGCAGCAGAGAAUUCUCGUCCCGAAACGGCAUGUGUCCAUCACAGAAACAAUCAGCACCAGAUAGCAGCGAUGAAGCGGACGAUGAUACUCAGCAUUAUGGGAACCAAGACCCAACUAAGAGCGAAAUCCUCGCCGCUUGCUGGGUGGUUGGGCGAUUGGGCCACCGAAUUCUCGCCCUCGUUACAGCUCCUGCAGAAAGAGCUAGAAUCAACGUGUUGA